AGGCGCGGGAGUUGGUCGAGCAGCAGCGCUGCGAGCGCGUGCGGAGCGAGUGGUUGCGCGUGUUGCUCGUGGCGGGCUACGCGCACCGCGUCUGCGCCACGGCGAGCCAGGAGAUCGUCGAGAGGGCGCAGCUGCGGCGGGAGCUUUGGGCGAGCGGGAUCAUCUCGAAGUUCCUGAUGCGCAAGAUGGCCCGGAAGAGGCACAGGGCGAUGCUCUUCAACGCGGUCAAGCUCCGCGUUGCGGCGAGGGCCUACGCCCGCAACACGAGGCUCGUCCUGGCGCAGAUGGCGCAGCCCAGAGUGAGCUGGUUUCUCUCCUUCUGCAUGUGUGGCCUCGAGCGCCCGACGCUGACCCACUACGUGAAGACGUUCUUGGCAAACGUCCGCAAGGUGCAAGAGUGCUACCGCCGCACCAUGCGAAUGCGCCACGCCCGCGUAGAGGCGCUCAUGCACCAUUUCCUGGCGGGGAACCUAAUCGAGAAACGCGCGGAGCAGCGGCUGGCCGUCGCGCAGGAGAUGACCAUGCGCCUCGUGGUGAACGGCACGGGCCAGGGCGUCAUGCUCCGGGUGCCGGACGGGCCAGCUCCGGCCAGGGGCCCGCGCAAGGCGCUGUCGGCGCCCUCCCCUGCGGCGCCCGCCGCCGCGGCGAGCGCGGCGGCGCCGCCGCCUCGGAGAGGCCGCAGCGGGCGCGCGGCGACGCGCAGGGCGAAGGCUGGCGGUCGGGCUGGCACGGAAGCGAAGGAGGCCAAGAAACUGGCGGCCGGCCCGGCGAGGCCGCGGGAGGCGCCGAGCUCGGCGAAAGCCACAGGCCCGCUGACCCAGCUCCGGUCUUCCAGCAUGGAGCACAGCGGGACAAGCAGUCGCAGCAGGUGCAGGUGGACGAUCAGGGCGGAGCGGGGCCGAGCCACGACCACGGGCAGGCAAUCGGCCGCUGCCUGGGGAUCGGGGAGGUCCGCGCGAACCACGGAUCGGCGGGGCGACCCCUGGCGGCGCCCCUGACGCCGCGCCCCGGCGCGCUCAUCUGCCGCAGGGCGGAGGGGGCGAUCGGACAGCGGGACCCCAGAGUAUGCUUGUCGAGGUUCGGCUUCUCCGAGGCCGCCGGGUCCGGCGCCCCUGGCGCGCUCUGCGCGCCAACGGGCGACAGCGCCGGCAUCCCGGAGCGCGUGGAGGAGAGAUGA